AUUAGUGCGACAAGCGUCCUCGGGCAAUUAUAUUGCUAAUACUACGAAGGUUAGAAAAAGACAGUCAAUUACUGAUCGAAAAAAGGUCGAGCGCGUUGUCGUGUGAUGUGUGCGUGCGCGUAGCGCCUGAUGCGGCGUCGUGUCAAUUAGGCUUCUGGCGAAAAGAUUGUAUAUAUUUACAUACCGGACUCAUCUCGUUCGCAGCCGCGUCGUGCGUAUAAGUUUUUAUUGCUUUGAUACAGGUCCCUGUAUACCCGAGUAUAACCUCCCCAGGAACGAUCUGGCAGACUAGUAUAAAGUUAGUUGUGAUUCUAAGGGGGAGAACGAAGCGACCGGCCGACGGUGGAGACUUUCGUGAUCAUGAUGUUGGACUUGUGACUGGAGUCGCUUCCUUUCUUUUCUUUUAUUUAAGACUUGAUAGGGACUACAAAAGAAUAAGUAUAGAAUAUUAAAAACUAAUUUGAACUUGAAAGCAAAACAUGAUUUAUCCAGGGAGAUCGCGAUUAGUAUCCAAUUGAAGCUAAACAUGGGCCAAUUUAGAGCGUUAUCAAAAAUUUUUGAAAUAUAGUCAACAACUUCAAGGCAUCUAAAUCAUAGGCCUGCAAUUCGUGUGUAGAUAGAGGCUUAUCCAUUAAAACUAGUCAAUCAUAAGUAAUAGUCAAGAUGUGGACGUCUCAGGUUAAUAAUUUGACCAGCGGUAGCAGAGAGCAGUCAAAUAACCAAAAUCUAAGAACUUUAGGUAUGACUUCAGCUAUCAGUAUGGCUGAGCCAAAGCUCAGCGAUCUCAGUAGAACAAAUGAACUUAAGGAAGCUCUCAAGCCAUAUAAUGUUUUUGAGUCAGAAGAAGAACUUAAUCACAGAAUGGAAAUAUUGAGCAAAUUGAACGCGUUAGUAAAGCAGUGGAUUCGUGAUACAAGUAUUGCAAGAAAUAUGCCCCCUAAUGUAGCAGAUCAAGUUGGAGGUAAAAUCUAUACAUUUGGAUCUUAUAGACUAGGAGUGCAUCAUAAAGGAGCAGAUAUAGAUGCCUUGUGUGUUGUUCCAAGACACAUAAAUAGAUCAGACUAUUUCUCAUCAUUUUUUGAUUUGUUAAAAUCACAAAUGGAAGUAACAGAUUUGAGAGCUGUAGAAGAAGCAUAUGUACCUGUUAUUAAAAUGAACUUUGAUGGUAUUGAGAUUGAUAUGCUCUUUGCCAAAUUGGCACUCAAAGAAGUUCCUGAUUCAAUGGAUCUUAGGGAUGAUAUGUUAUUGAAAAAUUUGGAUCAAAAGUGUGUCAGAAGUCUGAAUGGUUGUCGAGUGACUGAUGAAAUACUGCGUUUAGUACCUAAUAUAGAAAACUUUAGGUUGGCUUUGAGAGCCAUCAAAUUAUGGGCAAAAAAAAACGGAAUUUACAGCAACGUUUUAGGUUACUUGGGUGGUGUAUCAUGGGCAAUGUUAGUUGCAAGAACGUGUCAGUUGUAUCCAAAUGCUGUGGCAGCAACAUUGAUAGAAAAGUUUUUCCUUGUUUUUUCACAAUGGAAGUGGCCUCAACCAGUAUUGCUCAAGUCUCCUGAAAAUGUUAAUUUGGGCUUCCAAGUUUGGGAUCCUCGGGUGACCAUGUCAGACAGGUAUCAUCUUAUGCCAAUCAUCACACCUGCAUACCCUCAACAAAAUUCGACUUUUAAUGUAUCCAUUUCUACAAGGACAAUAAUGCAGGAGGCAUUUGAGACUGGCUUGGCUAUCACAGAAGAGAUAAUCAUGGGUAAAGCUUCGUGGGACAAACUUUUUGAACCGCCAAAUUUCUUUGGCAAAUAUAGACAUUAUAUCGUAUUGUUGGCAAGUAGUUCAACUGCAGAGGAUCAACUAGAAUGGUGUGGUCUUGUUGAAUCGAAAAUACGACAUCUAAUAGGUACACUUGAGAGAAAUCCAAACAUUACAUUAGCCCACAUUAAUCCAGAAUCUUUUCCACCACUAAAGCCUGAAGCAGGCAAACACGUUUCUAUGUGGUUUAUUGGCUUGACAUUUAAAAAAGGAGAGAAUUUGAAUAUUGAUCUUACUAUGGACAUCAAGUCUUUUGUUGAAACAACUGAGAGACAAGCAGAACAAAUUAAAUUAUUUAAAAAUGGUAUGACCAUAGAAGCUAAGCAUGUAAAAAGAAAGGAUUUGUCAAAUUAUAUCGCUGCAAAUCAGAUCAAAAGAGAAAGAAAAACAUCAAGCAGUACUCAGCGCAAUGGAAAUUCCAGCGGUAAUGGAGGAGUUUCUCCAAGGAAUCAAGGUGAUCAGACACUUAGGAAAAGGAAGUCAGAUCAGAGCCUUGAAAGUAAUGAUAAAAAACGUAAAAUACAAGAUAGUGAGCAGCAGCAUCAACAUCCACAGUCUACCACACAACAGAAGGAAGAUGGUACAUUGGUGGUCCAAUCAUGUGGAGACGAUAGCAACUCAGGAUUCAGUUUAGAGGAGUAUAAGCCGAAUUUAACACCUGCCAAGGACGACACAGUGAGCUCCACUACUUCGGCACCCAGUAGUAAACCCACACCAGCUACAUCGGCAGUGGCUCAGGAGGGUUUUGUGUGCACCUGACCUGGCUUGUGAUUAGUCAGAGCAACCACCAGCUCGACGGCACUUGAGCACCAUCUAAAACGCCAAGACUUGUUGCACUAUCACUCACUGCCCACUGCGUAAGUCCGUCAUCAUAAACAAAACAAAUACAUAAUUACAGCGAAUAGAUAAUGAAGAAUUUGACAUGGAGGCUAGAGACAACGAGGGAAUACUGACUACAGGCGAGCAAGCUUUUUAAAUAUGAUGAUGUAUAUUCAGUAGAAAGUGUGCCACCAAGAAUACAAGUGACUGAUUGGUCACACACACCUAUUUAAGGUUUUGAAUUCGGCUUUUGCCAGUGCCGAUGGGCUAACUGGAAGUUUUAUUUAUUUAUUUAUUAUUUUUUUUUUUAUCAUUUAAUCAAUUGUGAUAAAAUGCUCUAGAAAAAUCCAUACUUUUUUAUGUCACUGAAGGAAGGGCCCUUCUGUACUUUUUGAGAAGAAUUCCUUCAUUGAAGUAAUUAAAGUGAUUUAGACAGUAAAACUGGUUUUAUUAAACAUUAACAUUGCUAUAUAUUUGUAAUAGGGUUAACUUGUAUAAUAACUAUUCCUUUGGUUAAAUUAAAAUGAUUCUUCUUUAUAAAAAAGAUGCAAGUUUGUGACAAAGAUGAAUUCAAAUUUAUUUAAUCUUUGCUUUGUUAAUUUUGCUGGAAAUGAUUUCACGAUACUAUAAAAUAAAAUAGCAAAAAUGCUGCCUUAUAAUUAAAAUGUAUCAUAUUUCGAUAUAUUGAAUUCUUCUCAAAUAGCAAGGAAAAUAAAAAGUCCUGUGAUAAUCAUAUACUUUUUGUGUAGAAAAGUGUAGGAUCUUUGCUUAAUCGUCUUGAUUUAAGUCAAAUGUGGCAAUUUGACAACUUAUAAAAAAUACGGUAAUGAUAAAAUCAAUGACUGACUAACUUGGUGGUACACCCAUAUUAUUAAUGCACGUGGCAAAUGACAAAGCAGUUUCCAUCGACUCUGGCAAAUUUGAGGGCGUGAAUAACGUACAUAGAUUAUACGUUAGAACCACACCUAAACAUAUAAAUAAUAGUAUACUAUAUUUGUAAGUGCAGAUGAUAAGAGUGUGAACAAGUGAUUAUAUAGUGAUGAAAGAGCUGUAUCUGUAAGUGGAACACCAUUAACAUGUAUACAUAUGCUGUUUAUGUAGUUUAUUUUUCUUUGCUUAUAUUUUCUUACAAUAAUCAAAUAUUUCGAUAGAAUUUUUUUGAAGUCGAUGUAUCGAAUAACUAAAAAAGUGAAGGGAGAGGGUGUGUGUAUGUGUGUGUGCGAAUGUGAGAGGAAGAAUUAAAAGCAGGAAUAUACUCAAGAAAAGUGUAAAAACGACCAAAACAAGGGUUUUCCAUCAUAACUACAAGAGUCUCAAUCAGCCUGUUACUUUCAUAAAUGUGUUUGUGCGUAGUGUAUCUAGUGCGUCAACAAUUUUUUUAAAUUUAUCGUCAAAAUUCUGGAGCUAGUGGGUAUGCGGCAAUGCCUCACAGAUGUACAUCGUGCUUGGAUUACCCUCUUUAGAUAAGAGUAUCAAAUACACUUGCAUAGUAAAUCAACUUCAAAAUAUUUUAUUGAACAUUCAAUGAGUUAUACAAUAUGAAUUAAUUAUUGUUUUAUCAUGUGUCAUUUUUUGUAAUAAAUCUAGUAAACUAUAAGGCUUGAAAUUAUUUUAAAAUACAUCGACUGAUGUUUUUCUCAAAUUAUAGCAUAUACAAAAUAAAGAGAAAGCAGAAUAUAAAAUCAUUAAUGAAUGUUAUUUAUAUUUAGAAUGCAAGGUAGCCUAGUUUUUAAUUUUCUUCACUUUUCAUUACUUGUGUAUAUUUUUUCUUGUGUGUGUGCAUGUAUAUAUAUAUAUAUAUAUAUAUAUAUAUAUAUAUAUAUAUAUAAACAAGGGUGUCUGCGCCAUUGGAUUUCCCUAACAAAUGCGUUGGGGGAAAAAACGAGGCGAUUAUUUACUGCAGGUAUGUAUUUGGCUGGGAAGUUACCUUGUCACUCCUGUCAGCCGUUUAUCUAUGAAAAAUUGUUAAAAAUUGUAAAAAUUUUCCCCACUUGAGCAAAAUAACCUCUGUACUCAUAAAUAAAAAAUGCUAGUAUUGAUUCAUUUA